AUGACGCCCAACGCCACAACGACCAUGACGCCCAACGUCACAACGACCAUGACGCCCAACGUCACAACGACCAUGAUGCCCAACGUCACAACGACCAUGACGCCCAACGCCACAACGACCAUGAUGCCCAACGUCACAACGACCAUGAUGCCCAACGUCACAACGACCAUGACGCCCAACGUUGAGGCCCGCUCACACAAUGUCACACUCACCGACGUGGACACGACUCUGGAUCGAGUGUCUACCUUCUUCGACGCCUACUCGGAAGACAGCUACACCCCCGGGACUUGUGUUUAUGAAUGCAAAAACCUGACCCCAGAGGCCGAGAAGAUCGUACGCCAAAACAGAGAGGCAGCAGCCCUCCGCCGGGCGGAGGCGGCCAGGAAGAAGACGUCAUCCAACAAGACGACUACCAGUGCCUCCACCAACGCGACUACCAGUGCCUCCACCAACGCGACUACCAGUGCCUCCACCAACACGACUACCAGUGCCUCCACCAACACGACUACCAGUGCCUCCACCAACGCGACUACCAGUGCCUCCACCAACACGACUACCAGUGCCUCCAACAACACGACUACCAGAGGAACCCCGAUUCGAGUGUCAAUGCAACCAACAGUAUGA